AUGAAUCUCGCAGCCGUAUUGAUAUUUUUCGUGGGCACCUGUGCUUUCUGGAAUGUCUCUGCUUGGGGAUCAAAUACGAGACCCAAAGAUCCAAUUUGCAAUAGUGUGAGAGCAUCUGGAAUGGAAGGAGGAAGAGCAGUCGUCACAAGAUCAGCCUUUUUUCAAGGAAUACUUUUGGGAUCAAUAGCGGCUCCAAGUAUGACGGUUGCCUUUGAUGGGGGUGUAGGCGGGCUUGGUAAAACUAAACCCCAGACUGGUGUUGAGUUAUUUGAAGCAAGCUCAACGCCCAUUCAAAACCAGAAAGGAAUCGUCUCCGCUGAGAUCAAGUCAGUCAAUGGAAAGCCUCUUCGAAUCGAGUUCCAGACACCAUGGCCGUUGCUGCCCACCACAUCCGGUCUAGAAGCCAGGGACCUGCGAACAUCGGAGUCUGCAUUUGUUCAGGUCGUCCCAGAGGUAUCCAACUGGCAAAAUCCAAAGAUCUUUAAACAGCUACUGAUUGACUCCGUCUUGGCGACUCAAGGAAAGUUUGGAGCCUAUAGCACUCCAGUCGAUGUAAAGGUAAAGCCAUUGUCAGAUGACAGGUUUUCGGUGACAUUCAUUUCAUAUACACCUGCGAUGCGAGAAAGUGAGCGACAGCUAUGGAUCAAACCAAUAGUUGCCGAUUCGACCCUCAUUUUGUUGAUCGUUGGAACAACCAAAGCGAGAUUUCCGUCACAGGAAAAGUCAUUUGGAAAGAUCCUAGACACAUUUCUAGCGGUGCCUGCACCGGAGUCGAAGUUGCGAGCAAGAUAA